UGGCAAUGUAGUCAAACAUGGCCGUACCCUGCUGUGGAAUCUGCUGUAGAACUUACUAACUUUUUGGGAAUUCUUAAAUUAUUAAUGUUUUUAAAGAAAUAUGGAGUAAGGCUGUGUUUACUAUGAUGGCUGGAUGGGCAGGUUUUUCGGAGGAUGAGCUCCGGAGGUUGCAAAAUAAAGAUUCUGUCGUUCCAGCUGUUUCGGGUCGCGUUCGAAAGCCGGUCCCCACUAACCGAAGCCGACAACAGCUGCAGCGCGAACGAGCUCUUCAGGUGGCCGCUCAGCAGGACGCCUCUGGGCCGCUACCAUCAGGGCAGCAGCUCGACAAAGCGAAAGUUCGGACCCCGAGUCAAACUGAGCCGAAAACCUCACAAACCGAGGGGACUCCCCAGGCCGAACACAAAGACACUACGAACGAGUCACAUACUCCCUGCCCUGUUAUAGCAACAAACAGCGACAUGACCCCAAAAGAGCUGGAGAAACAGGAGGUCGAAUUAAGGGAGAAAACUCGACUUGAGUUGCUUCAGCAAGAGCAGAGGAUGAUUGAAGAGAAAAAUAAACGCAAGAAAGCCCUUCUGUCAAAGACCAUUGCUGAAAAGUCCAAACGAACACAGGCUGAGGCUGUCAAACUGAAGCGGAUCCAGAAGGGGCUGCAGGCUCUGGAUGAAAUGGUGUCCGGUGACAUCGGGAUUCUGCGUGGACGUAUAGAACAGGCAAGCUGGGAGUACUCUGCAGCGAGAAAACGGUACGAGAAGGCGGAGGCCGAGUUUGUGACCGCAAAGCUGGACCUGCACAAGAAAACUGAGGCGAAGGAGCGGCUGACUGAGCACCUGUACACCAUCAUCCAGCAGAACGAGCAGCGCAAGGCACGCAAACUGGAAGAGCUGAUGCAGCAGCUGGAGAUGCAGGCUGACGAGGAGCAGCUGGAGCUGGAGAUCCAGGUGGAGAGGCUGCUGCUGGAGGAGGAGCAGGCGUCAGGGGCGGCGGCCCGGGUGGAGUGCGCGAGCGAGGCAGGGGGAGCCCCUCGCGAUUCCGACGCCGCACCCCCACAGCACUCAGAACAGGAGAAUGAUCUGCCAACGCUGCCCGAACGAAGAACAAGUGGCCUAGACUGUGAAAGUCAGGAUCCUCCCCCCAGCCAUGACUGUGCAGGCAGGGAGGUAGCCACCCCUGUCUGAUAAAGCCCCCAGAGAGUCCUUCUGUCUUCCACAACUACAAAGACUCAUUCGCUGCUGGACAUGAGCACAGUUAUCUGCUAUUAUCAUAAUUCCUGUCCAUGAUCCUGCUUCUUAAGAGUUUUGUAGUAGAACUACAGAAUCUGAAGUUCUGUAGUCAUUUUGAAAUAUAUAUAUAUAUAAUAUAGUUAGAUUUUUAGGAACAAUUUCUAAAGGGGAGUUAAAUAUUCUUAUAUACUUUGUCGGUCUGCCUGUGUGCUUCCAUGCAGAAGCAAUUGAUCUGAUGUCAUGGCUGUCAAUGCAGGAGAUGUGUCCCCCCCCCCCUGCAGAGGCAGAAGAUGCACUUGUUUGCAAACAGUCCCUCCUCAACAGCACGUAAUUUAAAACAGAUUGUCGUAAUAAGCAAGUGACAUAUGUAUGAGUGUCUUGAUUCCGUGAUCGGAAAUGUUUCCGAGAGAGAAUUUAAUUUCGUUUACCUCUUAUUACUUUAACAUCCUUGAAAUGUAGUUUAUGCUUGUUUUGGGAUCCUGAGCUUUGGGGAAGUUAGUUUAAAAUUUUUUUAACGGGCUAGUAAGCGAUUUUACUUUUUGUUUAAAGUUAUUUAAUUUGUUUUAAGUUUGAAUGUUUUUUUUUUCUUUUUAGUUAGUCUUGGUUACACUACACUGUUCAUGUCGGUUAUUGUCAUGUAUGUCGCGGUACAGCAGUCUGACCGUGAGUUUUAUUUUCUAGUUUAUUAAACAUUACCCUACGAACCUGUCUGCGAUUAAAGUUUUGGAAGAUGAAUGGGAAAA